AAUGUGUCGCUCAGCUCCAAGCACACACAUCCUAGUACACUACUGUACUCAUCAGCUACUUACCCGCCUAGCUAUAUAUAGCGUACAUGUCCUCAGACUAAUAACCCGCCUAGCUAUCUAUCUAUCCACCGAUAUAUAAACCUCUCUAGUCUAGACUAGAAACCAACAUCUAUCUAUCCAUUCUUUGAAGAGAUCGAUCGAAGGACCGAUCGAGAUAGCUAGGAUGCCAACAGCAGAGACGACGACGCCCGUGCCGCCAGCGCUCUCCGGGCAAGGCCGGACAGUUUGCGUCACCGGAGCUGGAGGGUUCAUCGCCUCCUGGCUUGUCAAGCGCCUCCUCGAGAAGGGUUACACAGUCCGUGGCACGGUCAGGAACCCUGUCGAUCCAAAGAACGACCACCUGAGGGCCCUUGACGGCGCCGCCGAUCGCCUCGUCCUCCUGCGUGCCGAUCUGCUGGAUCCAGAAAGCCUUGUCGAGGCCUUCUCCGGCUGCGACGGCGUCUUCCACGCCGCCUCCCCGGUCACCGAUGACCCUGAGAUGAUGAUCGAGCCAGCAAUCCGGGGCACACAAUAUGUGAUGACGGCGGCGGCAGACACCGGCGUCAAGCGCGUCGUGUUCACGUCCUCCAUCGGCACAGUGUACAUGAACCCCUACCGUGAACCCAACAAGCCUGUCGACGACACCUGCUGGAGCGAUCUUGAGUAUUGCAAGAAUACACAGAACUGGUAUUGCUACGCCAAGACAGUGGCGGAGCAGGGCGCAUGGGAGGUGGCGCGGAAGCGAGGCCUGGACCUGAUCGUGGUGAACCCGGUGCUGGUGCUGGGUCCGUUGCUGCAGCCAACAGUGAACGCCAGCACGGACCACGUGAUGAAGUACCUGACGGGGUCGGCCAAGACGUACGUGAACGCCGCGCAGGCGUACGUGCACGUCCAGGACGUCGCGGAGGCGCACGUCCGGGUGUACGAGGCACCCUACGCGCAUGGGCGCUACAUCUGCGCCGAGAGCACCCUCCACCGCGGCGAGCUCUGCCGCAUCCUCGCUAAGCUCUUCCCAGAGUACCCCAUACCCACAAAGUGCAAGGACGACGUGAACCCUCCGGUGACAGGAUACAAGUUCACGAACCAGCGGCUCAAGGAUCUUGGGAUGGACUUUGUGCCGGUGCUGCAGUGCCUCUACGAGACAGUGAAGAGCCUCCAGGAGAAAGGCAUGCUGCCCGUGCUUCCGCCAAAAGACGACCAGGACCAACAACUCCACAAAUCAUGAUUAUUUCCAACGCUGAUACUGCUACAACAUAUCAUAUAUAUUUAUAUUUAUAUAUAAGCUAUAGCGGAUUGAUAUAAUGAACCCAGCUUUUUAUCCACGAUAUAUAUAAAUGAUGUACACGUGGUGACUUUAACUGGUGCAUGCUUUCCUGAUGAGUGCCACCGACCCAUAUAUAUAUACCAGUGCAGGAUGACGCACAAAUGCAAUAUAUUUCUUUGGACAAUUUAUCUAUAAAAUAA